GAGCCGGUGUGAGCAGCUGAGAGUCCUGGGACCGGAGAUGGGGACGCGCUGGGCCACCCCAGGCCGGGCGGCGGGGCUGCUCGUGCUGUUGCUGCGGUGCUUCAGGCUUGUGGAGCCUUCUGAGCUCUCAGGUAACGAUCCAUUCACCAUCGUCAACGAAAACACUGGCAAGUGCAUCCAGCCACUGUCUGACUGGAUAGUGGCACAGGACUGUAGCAGAACUAAGAACAUGUUGUGGAAGUGGGUGUCCCAGCACCGGCUCUUUCACCUGGAAUCCCAAAAGUGCCUUGGCCUAGAUAUUGCCAAAGCCACAGAUAACCUGCGGAUGUUCAGCUGUGACUCCAAUGUCAUGCUGUGGUGGAAAUGUGAGCACAAUUCUCUAUACACUGCUGCCCAGUACAGGCUGGCUCUGAAAGAUGGAUAUGCCAUAGCCAAAACAAAUUCAUCUGAUGUCUGGAAGAAGGGAGGCUCCCAGGAGAACCUCUGUGACCAGCCUUACCAUGAGAUAUACACCAGAGAUGGCAACUCUUAUGGGAGGCCUUGUGAAUUCCCCUUCUUAAUUGGUGGGACAUGGCACCAUGACUGUGUUCAUGAUGAAGAUCAUAGUGGGCCAUGGUGUGCCACUACCCUAAAUUAUGAAUAUGAUCAAAAGUGGGGCAUCUGCCUAAAGCCAGAAAAUGGCUGUGAAGGUAACUGGGAAAAGAAUGAGCAGACUGGAAGUUGCUAUCAGUUUAACAAUCGGGAAGUUCUUUCUUGGAAAGAAGCUUAUGUUUCCUGUCGGAACCAAGGGGCUGACUUGCUGAGCAUCCACAGUGCUGCUGAAUUAGCGUAUAUUACGGGAAAAGAAGACAUUGCUAGGAUUGUUUGGACUGGACUGAAUCAGCUCUACUCUGCUAGAGGCUGGGAGUGGUCAGACUUCCAGCCACUGAGGUUUCUUAACUGGGAUCCAGGUGCGCCCAGUGCACCUCUGAUAGGAGGAUCGAGCUGUGCGAAAAUGGACACAGAGACAGGGCUGUGGCGAAGUGUUUCCUGCGAAUCUCAGCAGCCCUACGUCUGCAAGAAGCCUCUGAAUAGCACAGCGGAGCUCACAGAUGUUUGGACGUACAUAGAUACCCACUGUGAUGUGGGCUGGCUGCCAAAUAACGGAUUUUGCUAUCUUCUGGCAAAUGAAAGCAGCUCCUGGGAUGCAGCACACUUGAAAUGCAAAGCCUUCGGAGGCGACCUCAUCAGCAUCCAUUCUUUAGCAGAUGUGGAGCUGGUUGUCACCAAACUCCAUAGUGGGGAUGUCAAAGAAGAAAUAUGGACAGGCCUUAAGAACACAAACAGCCCCGCUUUGUUCCAGUGGUCAGACGGAACGGAAGUUACCCUGACAUACUGGAGUGAGAAUGAACCGAGUGUUCCCUACAAUAAGACUCCCAACUGUGUUUCCUAUUUAGGGAAGUUAGGUCAGUGGAAAGUCCAGUCCUGUGAAAAGAAACUCAGAUAUGUAUGCAAGAAAAGGGGAGAAGUUACUAAUGAUACACUAUCUGAUAAGCUGUGCCCGCCAGCCGACGGCUGGAAGAGACAUGGAGAGGCCUGUUACAAGAUCUACGCGAAUGAGGGCCCUUUUGGAACACACUGCAACCUGACCAUCGCUAGCAGGUUUGAGCAGGAGUUCUUGAAUGACAUGAUGAAGAAAUAUGACAAGUCCCUUCAGAAGUACUUCUGGACUGGCCUGCAGGAUGCCGAGUCCCGUGGCGAGUACAGGUGGGCCACUGCUGGGGGAGUGAAGCAGGCCGUGACCUUUUCCAACUGGAAUUUUCUUGAGCCAGCGUCUCCAGGCGGGUGCGUGGCUAUGUCUAUGGGAAAGACCCUCGGCAAAUGGGAAGUGAAGAACUGCAGAAGCUUCAGAGCACUUUCAAUAUGCAAGAAAAUGAGUGGACCCCCGGAGCCCGAGGAAGCAGCCCCGAAGCCCGAUGACCCCUGUCCUGAAGGCUGGCACACUUUCCCCUCCAGUCUUUCUUGUUAUAAGGUAUUCCACAUACAAAGAAUUGUGAGGAAGAGGAACUGGGAAGAAGCUGAAAGAUUCUGCGAAGCCCUUGGGGCACACCUACCCAGCUUCAGUCACAGGAACGAAGUAAAGGACUUUGUUCACUUGUUAAAGGACCAAUUCAGUGGGCAGCAUUGGCUGUGGAUCGGUCUGAAUAAAAGAAGCCCUGAUUUACAAGGGUCCUGGCAAUGGAGCGAUCGUACACCAGUGUCUACUGUCAUCAUGGAGCUGGAGUUUCAACAGGAUUAUGACAUCAGAGACUGUGCUGCUGUCAAGGUACCUGAAAGGCAUUGGCAAAGAAGCCGGUUUCUCUACGAUGAGAAAAGAUUUGCUUAUUUGAAGCCUUUUGCCUGUGAUGCAAAACUUGAAUGGGUGUGUCAGAUUCCAAAAGGCAACACUCCCCAAAUUCCAGACUGGUAUAACCCAGAUCGCCCUGGGAUUCAUGGGCCCCCAGUUAUAAUCGAAGGAAGUGAAUACUGGUUUGUUGCCGAUCCCCACUUAAACUACGAAGAGGCUGUCCUCCACUGUGCAAGCAACCACAGCUUUCUUGCCACGAUAACAUCUUUUACAGGACUAAAAGCUAUCAGAAACAAACUAGCAAAUAUAUCGGGCGAUGAGCAGAAGUGGUGGGUCAAAACGAGUGAGAACCCAAUCGACCAGUACUUCCUGCACUCACGACCCCUGUGGCACCAUUUUCCCAUGACGUUUGGAGAUGAGUGCGUGCACAUGUCAGCCAAGACGUGGCUUCUUGACUUAAGCAAACGAGCAGACUGUAAUGCCAAGUUGCCCUUCAUCUGUGAAAAGUAUAAUGUGUCUUCACUAGAGAAAUACAGUCCAGAUGCCGCAGCUAAAGUACAGUGCACUGGGAAUUGGAUUCCUUUUCGGAAUAAGUGCUUUUUAAAGGUCAAGUCUGAGCCAGUUACGUUUUCUCAAGCAAGUAGCACUUGCCAUUCCUAUGGUGGCACCCUGCCUUCCGUGCUGAGCCGGAGUGAACAAGAUUUUAUUAUAUCUUUGCUUCCGGAAAUGGAAGCCAGUUUAUGGAUUGGUCUGCAAUGGACCGCCUACGAAAGGAUAAACAAGUGGACAGAUGGCAGAGAGCUGACAUAUAGCAACUUCCACCCACUGCUGGCUGGUCGGAGGCUGAGUAUACCAACAAACUUUUUUGAUGAAGAGUCUCACUACCACUGUGCCUUGAUUCUCAAUCUCAGACAGUCACCGCUGACUGGGACCUGGAACUUUACCUCCUGCUCCGAACGCCACUCUCUGUCUCUCUGUCAGAAGUACUCAGAAACUGAAGACAGCCAGCGUCAGAAGAACACCUCAGAAACUGUGAGAUAUCUCAAUAACCUGUACAAAUUCAUCUCGAAGCCUCUGACUUGGCAUGGUGCUCUGAAGGAGUGUCUGAAGGAGAGCAUGCGGCUCGUGAGCAUCACAGACCCGUACCAGCAGGCCUUCCUUGCCGUGCAGGCCACCCUGAGCAACACCUCCUUCUGGAUCGGACUCUCCAGCCAAGAUGAUGAACUCAACUUUGGUUGGUCAGAUGGGAAACAUCUUCAUUUUAGUAACUGGGCUGGAAGCAACGAGCAACUUGAUGACUGUGUGAUAUUAGACACAGAUGGAUUCUGGAAAACAGCUGACUGUGAUGAUAACCAACCGGGUGCCAUUUGCUACUAUCCAGGAAAUGAGACUGCUAAGGAGGUCAAACCAUCUGACGGGACUAAAUGUCCGUCUCCGGUGCAGAGCACCCCAUGGGUACCGUUUCAGAACUCUUGCUACAAUUUCAUGAUAACAAAGAACAGACAUAAGACAGUCACACAGAAGGAAGUGCAGUCUAUGUGCCAGAAACUGCAUCCAAAAGCGCAUAUACUAAGUAUUCGAAAUGAAGAAGAGAAUGAUUUCGUUGUGGAGCAGCUUCUGUACUUCAACUAUAUCGCCUCAUGGGUCAUGUUAGGAAUAACCUACGAAAACAAUUCUUUGACGUGGCUCGAUAAGACGGCAUUGUCCUACAUGCACUGGAGAACGGGAAGACCAGCUGUGAAAAAUCACAAAUUUCUGGCUGGUCUCAGUACUGAUGGCUUCUGGGAUAUUCAACCCUUCAAUGUGGUCGAAGAAACACUCCGUUUUUACCAGCACAGCAUUUUUGCUUGUAAAAUUGAGAUGGUUGACUACAAGGAAGAACACAACAGCACACUGCCACAGUUCAUUCCCUAUGAGGAUGGCAUCUACACUGUUGUUCAGAAGAAGGUGACGUGGUAUGAAGCGUUGAACGCGUGCUCUCAAAGUGGGGGCCAUUUGGCAAGUGUUCACAACCCACAAGGGAAGCUCUUUCUGGAAGAUGUUGCGAACCGUGAUGGAUUCCCUCUCUGGGUUGGGCUCUCGAGUCAUGAUGGAAGUGAAUCAAGUUUCGAGUGGUCCGAUGGCAGUGCGUUCAACUACAUCCCAUGGAAAAGCCCAGAGUCCUCUGGAGACUGUGUCGUCUUAUAUCCGAAAGGAAUUUGGAAACAUGAAAAAUGCCAGUCUGCUAAGGAUGGUGCAAUUUGUUACAAGCCUACAAAACCCAAAGAGCUGUCCUCUCAUAUACACUCAUCAAAAUGUCCAAUGGCAAAAAGGAAUGGUUCCCAAUGGAUCCAGUAUGGGGAUCACUGUUACUCAGCUGACCAGGCAUUGCACAGCUUCUCGGAGGCCAGGCAAUUGUGUCAAGAGCUCGAUCAUUCUGCAACUGUUGUCACCAUAGCAAAUGAAAAUGAGAAUAAAUUUGUGAGCAGGUUGAUAAGGGAGAAUUAUAACAUCACUAUGAGAGUUUGGCUUGGAUUAUCUCAACUUUCACUCGAUCAGUCUUGGAGUUGGUUAGACGGAUUAGAUGUGACAUUUGUCAAAUGGGAAAAUAAAAGUAAGAACGGUGGUGGAAAAUGUAGCAUUUUAGUAGCUUCAAAUGAAACCUGGGAAAAAGUUGAAUGCUCACGUGGCUAUGCAAGAGUCGUCUGCAAAGUCCCUCUGAACUGUCCUUCAUCCACCUGGGUUCAGUUCCAAGGCAGCUGUUACACUUUUCUUGAAGUCACCAUCAAUGUGGAGACCAUAGAGGACAUCAGGAACCAGUGUAUUGGCCAUGGAGCAGACAUGAUAAGUAUACAUAAUGAAGAAGAAAAUGCUUUUAUUUUGGACACUUUACAAAAGCAAUGGAAAGGCCCAGAUGAUCUCCUGCUAGGCAUGUUUUAUGACACUGAUGAUGCAAGUUUCAAGUGGUUUGACAAUUCAAAUAUGACAUUUGACAAGUGGGCAGAUCAAGAUGGUGAGGACCUAGUUGACACAUGUGGUUUUCUAUACACCAAGACAGGUGAAUGGAGAAAAGGAGAUUGUGAAAUUUCUUCAGUGGCAGGAACACUUUGCAAAGCAUCCAUCCCAUAUGACAAGAAAUAUUUACCAGAUAACCACAUUUUAAUAUCAACUCUGGUGAUUGCUAGCACAGUAACUCUGACAGUUCUGGGAGCAAUCAUUUGGUUCCUCUAUAAAAGAAAUGUUUGCUAUGGCCUCACUUUUUCAACUGCGCUGCAACCACCUUACAAUGAUGGCUGUGCUUUGGUAGUUGCAGAUGAUGAGGAAGAUGCUGUUCAGAUGGACUAA